GUACAAGAAGUAAAUAAAUAUCAUUUGUAAUCCCACUAGUUAAAACUGACUACCGAUAGUAUUUAUUUAUUCAUUCUAUAUUCACUAGAUAUUUGCUAAGUAUCUAUUUUGUUCCAGGCACUGUGCUAAGUUUCAGGGGAUACAGCAAUACAUAUUUGGUAUAAUUUUUGUUUAUUUUUAAUAUAUAAUAUGCAGAUUUACAAAAGUGGGAUCCUAGUUUAUAUGUUAUCUUGUAUCCCAACAUUUUCAUGCAUUAUCUUUAAAACAUGGUUUUAAUUAAUCAGCUGCCUAAUACUCCAUUUUAUGGAUGUGUUAUGAUUUCUUUAAUGAGUCACCACCCUACACUUACCUCACUUUUAAAAUACCCCUUCUAUGGCCCAUUGAAUAUAAAAGCAUCAACUUCAAGGUGAUUCCUGGACCUCCAGGGGAUGUGAGUCAGAGCUGGGGUCUGGGUUUACUAGGGUGUUCACAUGGACUUUCAAACAUAAAUUCCAAGGUCAGACCAUGACCCUUUCUCUGCAAACUGAUAAGAGGGUUAGACCAGAGCAGGAACAAGGGGACCCAGAACUGGCCAUCCAGGGGUCACUCCGACCUGGGGGGCAGCCAAGGAGAGCUGAACUUGGCUCUGAGCCACAGGAGCCACCUAGAGCUGAAGAUAAUCAUGGGAGAACUAUGUCCAGUGGAGGGAAGGGAAAUAAGUUAGGGAGGCCUCCCACAUCCCUCAGUUCUAGACUAAGCCAAGAAGUGCACUUUGAAGUGAAUGGACUGCCUUCAGGUUUUUCCAGCUCCGGAGGCCUCACCCACACUGGCGGUGGACUGGGUGAGCUGGGUUAUAUUUUCUGACAGUGUGCCAGCUCCUGACUCCUCCUCCUGAGAAUGAACUUGGGGCCCAUGGAUGGUGCUGUUUAGACAUGUUGUGAUGGAUCCAGAAGAAAAAGGCUUGUUGCCAUGGCAGUCCUUACCAUGAGCUGAUGCUGGGUUAAGAGAUUUAGACAGGUUAUCUAAAUCCUCACAAAUAUCAGCCCUGCCUGGAAAGGCAGCCUCAUCCAUUCAUUCACUGAAUUGAUGAGUAUGGAUAGAGCACUGAUGAUUGUCUGAAACGCCAUAGGUACUGGGUUAUAGUAACAGGUGAGUCAUAUAGUCUGCUCCAGGCAGCUUGGUCUACUGUGAGGUUUUUGUUCUCAUUUUUCAGCAGAGGAAACUGAGGUCUCAAGAGAUCAAGAAGGUUGCCCUGCUCACCUAGCUGGCCCAGGCAGAUCCCAAAGAGGAGUUGCAUCCUGGGUGGCUCCAGGUCCUCCUGCACGUCCACACCCUCCCAGGCCCUGGAGGUCUGUUCCCUGAAAUGCACACACUUUGCCCACUGCAUCCGUUUAAGAGGCAAGCCUGACUCAAGUGGCCUGAGGUUCACCCUGAUUCAGCAUGACUUAUAGAUAAGUCCUUCCCUGGAUGAUGAGAGGCAGUGCCCUCCAGGGCUGGGCUUGUACACUGACACUGCCUUGGGCCUCCCUCAGGUGUUUAUAGGCACAGGCCCAGUAGUGGAGCCGUGAGACUCGGGGUGAAGCCAGGUGAACACAGGAGCUGCGCUGACCUUCUCAAAGCUGGUUCCCACUGCCUCUUCUCGCACGCUCUGACGUCCAAUCCAGGCCCCGGGAUCCAACCUGGAACACUCCCUGAGCCCAACAGAUUGCCAAACUUCCAAAAGCUGAAGGAAUUGAGUCAUCUGCUAGUCCAAGCUCAGUCUUCAGUCCCUUCAGAAUCACUUCUCUCUUGGACAUCUUUAACCUGCUGAUAUAUUUCCAUCUGACCAAGCAUUUUUCUAGGCUGCGAGGCCCCAUGGCAUCCCUCCCCGUCCUGCAGAAGGAGAGAGUGUUCAAGUCAGGAGCACAGGCCUACAGAAUCCCUGCUCUGCUCUACCUGCCGCAGCAGAAGACUCUGCUAGCCUUCGCAGAAAGGCGCAAGAGCAAGAAGGAUGAGGAUGCAGAGCUGAUUGUCCUGCGCAGGGGAAGCUAUGAUGAGUCCACCCACCGGGUCCAGUGGCACUCUCAGAAAGAGGUGGCCCAAGCCCAGUUGGAGGGCCACCGGUCCAUGAAUCCAAGUCCCUUGUAUGACGAGAAAACGGGGACCCUCUUCCUCUUCUUCAUUGCCAUCCCCAGGCAGGUCUCUGAGCAACACCAACUCCACACCAAGAUCAAUGUGACACGGCUGUGCCAAGUCACCAGCACUGACCACGGCAAGUCCUGGAGCCCCACCAGAGACCUCACUGACUCUGCCAUUGGCUCGGCCCACGGGGAAUGGGCCACCUUUGCGGUGGGCCCGGGGCACUGUCUGCAGCUGCACAAUGAGGCACAGAGCCUGGUGGUGCCAGCCUACGCCUACCGGAAACUCCGUGCCCACGUGCGGCCCAGCCCCUCUGCUUUCUGCUUCAUCAGCCACAACCACGGGCUCACAUGGGAAAGAGGCAACUUUGUGGCCCCGGAAACCGUGGAGUGCCAAGUGGCUGAGGUCGGGGGUGCAAAACAGAGGAUGAUAUAUCUCAAUGCUAGAAGCCCCCGUGGGGCCAGGAUUCAGGCCGAGAGUGUCAACGACGGGCUUGAUUUCAGGGGGGCCCAACUGGUCCAGAAGCUUGUGGAGCCUCCCCAUGGCUGCCAUGGGAGUGUGAUUGCCUUCCCCAGCCCCAGAGCGGGGCCUGGCUCCUCAGACAAGUGGCUGCUCUACACUCACCCUACUGACCCCCGGCAGAGAACCAACCUAGGUGCCUACCUCAAUACACGGCCCCCAGCCUCUAACGCCUGGUCCCACCCGGCCCUGCUGGCUGAGGGCAGCUGCGCCUACUCAGACCUUCAGAGCCUGGGUGUUGGUCCCGAUGGCUCACCCCAGUUUGGGUGUCUGUACGAACAUGAUAACUACGAGGAGGUCAUCUUCCUCAUGUUCACCCUGAAACAAGUCUUCCCAACUGAAUUUCCGGCUCAGUGAGCUGGCCAUGUGCUACCCCCUAUUCUUGUCCCCCUGCUCAUGCAAAUACCCUAUGACCCAGCAAUUCCACUCGGAAGUAUACAUCCAAGAGAAAUGCACGCAUAUAGCUGCCAAAUACAUGGAUGAGCAUAUUUACAGCAGCUUCAUUCAUAAGAGUCCUAAACUGGAAACAACCCAAAUGUCAAUUGAAAACAGAAUGGGUAACUAAACUGGGGACUAUUGAUGCAAUGGAAUAUUACCCAAUAAUAAGAGAAUCAACUACUGUUAUACAUAAUAGUAUGGUUGACUUUUCAGAUGGUAUGUUGAGUGAAAAAAGCCAGACUCAAAAGAAUACAUUCUUUAUAAUUCUAUGUACAUGAAGUUCAAGAACAGGCAAAACCCAGUCUAUGGUAUAUACAGCAAGACACUGGUGGAGGAAUACUGUGAAGGGUCCUGGGAACAUUCUAAUGUUUGACCUGGUGCUGAUCAGGAGGGUGCAUCUGUAUGUAAAAAUUCAAUGAGUUGUACACACAUGAUUUGUAUAACUUACUGUAUGCAUGUUAUACCUCAAUAAAAUAUAAAAGUUGAACUGAA